AUGUUCUUCUCCGGACUUGUUGUGGCUUCCCUGGCCCUUUGGGGUAAAGGGGUGGAUGCUGCUUUCGGUCUUACUACUAACACUGAUACUUACGUUGUUGAUGCUGGGUCUAGUAACCCGCUCAAGUUUACGGUUGAUCGGACGAACUGCGAUAUUACUUCGAUCAAUUACUAUGGAUCUGAGUUGCAGUAUCAGUCGACAGGAUCGCAUAUUGGCUCGGGAUUGGGUAGUGCGACUGUCACUGCCACGCAGAGCGGCGACUAUAUCAAGAUUACCUGCACGACAAGCACGUUGACACACUAUUAUGUCGCACACAGCGGUGACCCUAUCAUCUACAUGGCGACUUAUACCACCGCCGAACCCUCGGUCGGCGAACUUCGCUACAUCGCCCGUCUCAACGCAGACCUUCUCCCGAACGAAGAACCCUUCGGAACAGUCUCCAACAUCGACGGCGGCACUGCCAUCGAGGGAUCAGAUGUUUAUCUAGUUGGCUCCGAGACCCGCAGCAAGUUCUACUCCAGCGAGCGAUUCAUCGAUGAUCAGCGACACUGUGAGCACACCCACCCCCUGAAAUUCUUCGCAACUACUGACAACGACAGGCGUGUCUGGAUCUGCCCACCGAGUCUGCAUGAUCCUCAAUCAAUACGAGACAUCCGCAGGAGGACCCUUCCACCGGUACACCACUCCCUCUUGGUAUCAACGGAAAUCAUUGCCAAAGCUAACAUCACCAGUGACAUCAACACCAACAACGUCGGCAGCUACACCGGUCUAUACUGGUACAUGAACUCGGGCCACGUCCAGACCGAGUCAUACCGCCAGGGCCUGCACGGUCCAUACCUGAUGUAUUUCAGUCGCAGCGGGACUCCAAGCACGGACAUCGAUACCUCUUUCUUCGCGGACCUCGGUAUUACGGGAUACGUCGCGACGUCUGGACGUGGAUAUGUCUCCGGUACAGCGUCCGGCGCGGAUUCCUCGCUGGAUUGGGUUGUUCAUUGGUAUAAUGACGCCGCGCAAUACUGGACCUAUACUUCCUCCAGCGGAAGCUUCACUUCCCCGGCCAUGAAACCGGGCACAUACACUAUGGUCUACUACCAGGGCGAGUACGUCGUAGCCACGAGCUCGGUAACCGUCACCGCAGGAUCAACGACAACCAAGAAUAUCUCCGGCUCCGUGAAAACAGGAACAACACUCUUCAAAAUUGGCGAAUGGGACGGACAACCAACAGGCUUCCUAAACGCCGCCUCCCAACUCCGCAUGCACCCCUCAGACUCCCGCAUGUCCUCCUGGACCUCCACCUCGACAUACACAGUCGGCAGCUCCAGCGCAUCAUCCUUCCCAAUGGCGAUCUUCAAAUCCGUCAACUCACCCAUAACAAUAAAAUUCACCGCAACGUCCUCGCAAACCGGCGCCGCAACGCUGCGCAUCGGCACGACGCUUUCGUUCGCGGGUGGCCGGCCGCAGGUCACGGUUAAUAGUUAUACGGGGAGUGCGCCGAGUGCGCCGACGAAUUUGGAUUCGAGAGGUGUGACCAGGGGUGCGUAUAGGGGGCUUGGGGAGGUUUAUGAUGUCAGUUUGCCGAGUGGGACUAUUGUUGCUGGAACUAAUACGAUUACUAUUUCGGUCAUUUCGGGGAGUUCGGGGGAUGAGUAUCUUAGUCCGAACUUUAUCUUCGAUUGCGUGGAGCUAUUCCAGUAG